CUUUGAAUGUAUGGAUGUGUGAGUGCUUUGACACACAAUCACUUUCAUGCACUGAUUGGACGGACAUCGGGUCAGUCACGGCAUCUGUGGUCACAAUGUGUGGCCAUUGAGUCCAUUCACUCAUCCACUGCUAUAUCGUUGUCGAGUCAACACAUCCACAGCUAUGGUCUUAAGCAAACAGUUGAGGGUUUACCACAAACUAGACAACAACGGCGUCUAUAGUCUCCUAUUAGACCACAAGAACUACAAACACGAGUCACUGCUUCUGGAGGCCGAUGCCAUCGCCACUCUCAGUCCGACUGAAGCGGAUUCUGUGCGUCACUUGUAUUCAACCGUUUUGGACGCUUACGGAUGUCUAGGAGUUCUUCAGCUAUCAGUGGGUGAGUGUAUGCUGUUCAGGCAUCCAUUGGCAUGUAUUGUACUCUCCGGCAGAACAGCUGCACAGUUGUUGUCACAUCUGCUGUCAUGUCAGACAUCUGUUGCCACAACCCCUCCACCCCUCGGCAGACAGUCUGCGCCCCCAUUCAUACCACUCAUACAGCGCUCGCCUCUCCUCUCCUCUGCCCUUCACUGCAUGCCUUCACUUCACUCCCAAUCUCUCACCACUUCCUCGCAAUCACUCCAUUCACUCAUUCAAGUUGCUGACAAUAUCUGUGGCCCGACAGGUGAUACGAAUCACGUACUGUAUUUGGUAUUGGUUUCUGGAUGUGUAUCAGUGGGCAAAGUGCACAACUCGGAGAUAUUCCGGAUCACAGACACUGUAUUCAUAUCCCUUCGCAAUAACAGUGCGGAUGUGGAGCGCAUUCAGGAAGUCCGACGAAUCCUGAAUUCGGGAACUUUUUAUUUCUCGGUUGUCUUAAACCCAGACUCAGAUCAAACACCUUUCGAUCUGACACUCUGUGCCCAGAGAUCUGUACGAACCCAUGAGACAGACAAUCGCUUUUUCUGGAAUCGGAUGCUUUACGUGCAUCCCUUGAGAUAUGGGGUCAACACAAACAAAUGGCUCCUGAAAGCCAUGUGCGGCGGUCUCUCCAUUAGCACCGUAUAUGUGGGUCACCUCCAGGCCAAGGCAUGUCUUAUAUCACGACUCAGUUGCGAGAGAGUGGGCACCCGUUUCAACGUUAGGGGCACUAAUGAUAGCGGACAUGUAGCCAACUUUGUAGAGACGGAACAGUUUAUUUUCUUGGAGAACAAAGUGGCCUCUUAUGUGAUGACCAGAGGGUCGAUACCUUUGUUUUGGGAACAGACAGGAAUGCAGGUUGGCGCGCAUAAGGUCCGCAUGUCUCGGGGCAGUGAGGUCUCGCAACCGGCAUAUGACCGGCACUUGGCCUCAAUCCGGCACAGGUAUGGCAACCAAGUGCUCAUCAAUUUAGUGGGCAGUAGAGAAGGCGAAGGAUUGAUUGGGAAGAUGUUUAAAGCGCAUCACAAGAGCUCUCGAUUUGGUAAAGAUAUUCCUUACAUAGCCUUCGAUUAUCACCACUUCUGCAGUCGUGGCAAAGAAGAGAAUAUAAAAAUACUCAGAGAACACAUCGUUAAGUAUUUGAAGGAAUUUGGAUUCUUUUACGAAGAACAGGGAGUCGUAGAGAGACAACAAUCGGGCACUUUCCGGAUCAAUUGCAUCGACUGUCUCGACAGAACAAAUCGCGUCCAGACUUUCAUUGGAUUAGAAAUUUUGUGCCAACAAUUGGAGUCUUUAGGACUGAACCAAAAGUCAACAAUAGUUUCUCGUUUUGAAGAAGUAUUUAAGAAUAUGUGGAUUCAGAAUGGAGACCAAGUGAGCAGAAUAUAUGCGGGAACUGGCGCUCUGGAGGGCAAGUCUAAGUUAAAAGACGGCACUCUAACUGUGGCGCGAACCAUACAAAACAAUUUGUUGGAUAACAGCAAACAGGAAGCCAUUGAUAUUCUUCUUACGGGCAAAUCACUGAACAACGAGAACUCGGACAGAGCCCGCUCUCUAUUGGCCGUACAUUACCUGCACUUACCAUCAAAUAUAAUGAUAGCGAUGUGCGAUAGAUAUCUAGAAUUUACGGAAGCGCUCACUAUUAAGGUUACUGUCGGCACGUGGAAUGUAAACGGAGGCAAACAUUUCAAUAGCAUUAUCUUCAGAAGAUCUGAUCCGUUGUCUGAUUGGUUGAUCGAUAAUAAGAAAAAGAAUAGUUUUGUGCCAAAUAUUAUGGAUCUGUCAUUGAAUUCAUCGUUUAGUGCUUUAGGAGACAACGACAACUCGCCUACAGAUCUCUUUGCCAUUGGCUUCCAAGAGAUUGUAGAUCUGAACGCAAGCAAUAUAAUGGCUGCGAGUACUACAAACCAAAGGGAAUGGAUGGUUGAGCUCCAGAAGACCAUUUCAAAGGAUGAGAACUAUGUACUCAUUACAUCCGUUCAAUUAGUGGGCGUUUGUCUCUUUCUCUUCUCGAGACCCAAAUACGCGCCAUUCAUACGAGACGUAGCCAUAGAUCAGGUGAAGACUGGAUUAGGCGGUGCGGCCGGCAAUAAGGGUGGGGUCGCCAUACGACUCUUGUUCUACAACACAUCCCUUUGCUUUGUUUGUUCGCAUUUCGCCGCCGGACAGCACCAGUACGCCGAACGCAAUGCCGACUACUCAGAGAUCACUCGCAGAAUGUCUUUCCCGAUGGGAAGGUCUUUGAAUUCACACGACUAUGUCUUCUGGUGCGGAGACUUUAACUAUAGAAUAGAUCUGUCCAACGAUGAGGCGAAGCAAUUGGUUCGCGACCGCGAUUGGCAAACACUACUCGCUUCCGAUCAACUCAAGUGUCAACAAAAUGAUGGCAAAGUCUUUAGGAAUUAUCUCGAGGGAGACAUCUAUUUUGCGCCCACCUAUAAGUAUGACAUCAAUAGUGAAGACUACGAUACGAGUGAGAAAUGUCGAGUUCCCGCCUAUACUGACCGCAUCCUAUUCAAGAAAAGAUAUCCUACCGGUGCUGAUGAGGACAUAAAUUCAUUAAACUAUGGAAAGAUCGCUCACUACGGAAGAGCUGAACUGAAAACAUCAGAUCAUAGGCCUGUCAUCGCAGAGAUCUUCUGCGAAGUCCUGAUCGUUGACGAAGAGAAAAGGUGUCGAGUAUUUCGCAAUGUUUUGGAACAAUUGGGUCCACUCGACGCCACUGUUAUCGUCACUCCUCAAGAUGUGGAAGACGACGAUAGUGUCAAUUGUUUUGAUGAGAUAUUUGUCACUCAAAUCCUCAAACGACUGGCCAAUGAGUCGGGAGAAAUCAUUUUAGCGCGUUUUGGUGACGACAACCUGAGGGUCACCUUCCGAGAGGNAUCACUGAACAACGAGAACUCGGACAGAGCCCGCUCUCUAUUGGCCGUACAUUACCUGCACUUACCAUCAAAUAUAAUGAUAGCGAUGUGCGAUAGAUAUCUAGAAUUUACGGAAGCGCUCACUAUUAAGGUUACUGUCGGCACGUGGAAUGUAAACGGAGGCAAACAUUUCAAUAGCAUUAUCUUCAGAAGAUCUGAUCCGUUGUCUGAUUGGUUGAUCGAUAAUAAGAAAAAGAAUAGUUUUGUGCCAAAUAUUAUGGAUCUGUCAUUGAAUUCAUCGUUUAGUGCUUUAGGAGACAACGACAACUCGCCUACAGAUCUCUUUGCCAUUGGCUUCCAAGAGAUUGUAGAUCUGAACGCAAGCAAUAUAAUGGCUGCGAGUACUACAAACCAAAGGGAAUGGAUGGUUGAGCUCCAGAAGACCAUUUCAAAGGAUGAGAACUAUGUACUCAUUACAUCCGUUCAAUUAGUGGGCGUUUGUCUCUUUCUCUUCUCGAGACCCAAAUACGCGCCAUUCAUACGAGACGUAGCCAUAGAUCAGGUGAAGACUGGAUUAGGCGGUGCGGCCGGCAAUAAGGGUGGGGUCGCCAUACGACUCUUGUUCUACAACACAUCCCUUUGCUUUGUUUGUUCGCAUUUCGCCGCCGGACAGCACCAGUACGCCGAACGCAAUGCCGACUACUCAGAGAUCACUCGCAGAAUGUCUUUCCCGAUGGGAAGGUCUUUGAAUUCACACGACUAUGUCUUCUGGUGCGGAGACUUUAACUAUAGAAUAGAUCUGUCCAACGAUGAGGCGAAGCAAUUGGUUCGCGACCGCGAUUGGCAAACACUACUCGCUUCCGAUCAACUCAAGUGUCAACAAAAUGAUGGCAAAGUCUUUAGGAAUUAUCUCGAGGGAGACAUCUAUUUUGCGCCCACCUAUAAGUAUGACAUCAAUAGUGAAGACUACGAUACGAGUGAGAAAUGUCGAGUUCCCGCCUAUACUGACCGCAUCCUAUUCAAGAAAAGAUAUCCUACCGGUGCUGAUGAGGACAUAAAUUCAUUAAACUAUGGAAAGAUCGCUCACUACGGAAGAGCUGAACUGAAAACAUCAGAUCAUAGGCCUGUCAUCGCAGAGAUCUUCUGCGAAGUCCUGAUCGUUGACGAAGAGAAAAGGUGUCGAGUAUUUCGCAAUGUUUUGGAACAAUUGGGUCCACUCGACGCCACUGUUAUCGUCACUCCUCAAGAUGUGGAAGACGACGAUAGUGUCAAUUGUUUUGAUGAGAUAUUUGUCACUCAAAUCCUCAAACGACUGGCCAAUGAGUCGGGAGAAAUCAUUUUAGCGCGUUUUGGUGACGACAACCUGAGGGUCACCUUCCGAGAGGGUCAGAGCGCUCUGAAAGCGGCCAAAUUGGGCUCAAUAUCUAUACUCAAUAAGACGUUCUUAAUUGAGUUGAAGACCAAGAAUUGGAUCGAAUCUGUUGAAGAAGAACUCAAACUUGGAAUUAAUAAUACGAUUCCAUUAUCAGAGAAAUCUUCAGAUUUUAUUGAUUUCGAUGAAAUGAAUCACUCGUUGGGACCUACUUUUGAUCCGAUGGCUUACAUCGUAGACGACGAAACAGACGUGUGUUCCGGUUCUUCAGGACAUAGCUCUCCAAUUCCACCGAACGAUUCCAGUGAACCACCCGAAAGACCGCCUCCACUUCCAGGCCGUUCAACACCAACAGCGCCUCCACCGGCGCGUCCGCCCCCACCAAAGAACCCAAUGGCUUCACCGUCACGUCCGCCCCCUUGCAAACCUGUCAGACCCACGAGUGUCUCACAAACGGAAUCCAAGAAUGAAAAUCCGUCGAGCGCAGACGCAAAUAAGCCCCUAAAACCAGUACCGGUGAGACCGGCACCACUGCCCCCACCGACCAAUGGUUGGAAUCAAGCCCUCGAAUCGGCCGAUGCAUCAGAACAUGAUUCCAGUUUUGAUUUGCCUCCACCUAUAAUGCCAGCGCCGCCCCUACCUCUCAGUGACACUGAGUUAAGUUUUGAAGCCGAUAGGAGUGCUCCGCCCCCACCGCCCAGAGUGGACUCGUUUAAAGACACGGAUGAACCCCCACUCUCACCAUUUCUCUACGAACUGCCCCCCGCGCCCCCAUUGCCUCCCAUUACUAAUGAAGAGCCACCUCCCAUCCCUUUGCGUCCAAAUAUGGCAUCCAUUUUGGAAUCGACACAAGACUUUGUGGCCCAAUCAAAUCCGCCGCCAAUACCGGCGCGAACGGCUACCAAACCACCGGUCAUUCCUCCCCGUCGUUCGGCUCAAUGAGUGAACUCAGUCCUAGUCUUCACUUUGAAUUUAGUGUUAAGUCUUUGCGACAUAUAAUAAGUCUAGAAAUGUAUCAAACAAUGAAACCAUUGCUUUCAUUCAAACGAUCGCCUAUUUGCCCAAAUUGUUGCAAAAUUAAUACAUAUUACUGUACAGUAUAUGUAUUUAAGAGUUUUAUUGCAUAGUUUUACUGUUAUUAUAUCAAUUCAAAUAUACAGAG